UCUCAAUCCAAUAUAUUCCCUAAAACUCAGCCCUUUACCAUUCCCUAACUCACUUCCCAAUUCACACUUCUUAGGUAACAUAACAUACAUUCUCCAUUCAAACCUAAUACAAAACCCGUUAUUUUCAAUUUUUUGCUUAAUUUUCUCAAAUACCUAUAAUUUAGUAAUCUUGUUUCCUUCGAUCGAUCAAUCAAUGGAGUCCUCGGUUGAUGUCUUACCAGCUAAACGCCCCGCUCCAAUCGGAAUUUCAUCUGAGGAAGGAUGCAAAAGACGUAAGUUAUCAAGUGAUAGUAUGCCCAAUUCAGCAAAUGUGAAUGUUGUAAAUUACGCAAACCCGUAUGCAAUUUCAGAGGCUAUAAAUCGUUUAGAGAGUGGAAAAUUCGGAAGCGUCACAAAGGAUAUUGAAGCCCUUAUAACCCGAAAAAUGAAAAUACUGGGCCCUUACUUUGCAAAGUAUCCUACACUUGUUGAUAAGUUAUUGAAGGUGGUGGUGCUAAAUCAUGAUGAAAAAACUCACAACACGGAAUAUAAAAAAGUUACUGGUAUGUCGCAUCAAAAUGUCAUUGAUUUGAAUGAAAAGGAUGUUUUGGCACCAAAAAGAGAAAAGGAUGCACCUACCACACCAGUUCCUGUUGUUAUCAUUGAUUCAGACGAUGAAGAUGAUACGAAUCAAAAUUCAUUUCUUCCAUUUCAUGAAGUUGUGUUGCCGCAACCAGCUCCGUCUCCUGCAUUAAGAAUGACCGGCUAUCAUGCUUCCAAUGCUUACCAUGGAGAAAGUGCAGAUCUAAAAUUUGAUACAAGUAUGCUUCCUUAUGCUUACCAUGGAGAAAGUGCAGAUAAAAAAUUUGAAACAAGCCUGCCUCCUAAAGAUAACCCAAAGAAAGAUAAAGGUGUUUAUGUUGGUGUACCUGAGGAAGACGAUCAGGUUGACGCUGAAGAUGAUGGGCUAGAUGAUAUUUGGAGGGAGAUGUCCAUGGCAAUAGAAACUUCUAAAGACAUUUCUGCAGAUCCUCAACCCGAAGAAGAAGAAGGGGAAGAAGAUGCUGACUGUGAUCAUUCUUUCGUUUUAAAAGACGAUAUUGGAUAUGUUUGCCGUGUUUGUGGCGUUAUUGACAGAGGAAUUGAAACCAUAUUUGAGUUUCAAUACAAGGUUAAAAGGAGCACAAGGACUUAUAUGUCUGAUUCAUCGAAUGCCAAAGAAAAAUUUGAUGCGUUUGGUGUGAAGAUUAAAGAAGAUGAUCUUGUGGUAACUGAUAUAUCAGCACAUCCUCGGCAUGCGAAUCAAAUGAAACCGCACCAAGUCGAAGGCUUCAACUUUCUUGUCAGAAACUUGGCGGGGGACCAUCCUGGGGGAUGCAUCCUGGCUCAUGCUCCAGGAUCUGGAAAGACUUUCAUGAUAAUCAGUUUCAUGCAAAGUUUUCUAGGAAAGUAUCCUAAUGCCAGACCUCUAGUGGUGCUUCCCAAGGGAAUAUUGUCAACUUGGAAAAAAGAGUUUCAGACAUGGCAAGUGGAAGAUAUUCCGCUUUAUGACCUAUACACUGUGAAGGCAGAUAGUAGACCUCAACAACUAGAGGUGUUAAAACAAUGGAUGGAUAACAAGAGUAUCCUUUUCUUAGGAUACAAACAGUUUUCUUCCAUUGUGAUUGAUAAUAGUAAUAACAAUGCAUCGAUAGCUUGCCGGGAUAUAUUGCUCAAGGUUCCCUCAAUUCUCAUUUUAGAUGAGGGACACACUCCAAGAAAUGAGAAUACUGAUAUGGUACAGUCCCUUGCCAAAGUACUAACACCAAGGAAAGUUGUACUGUCUGGAACCCUUUAUCAAAAUCAUGUCAGGGAGGUAUUCAACGUUCUCAAUCUGGUGCGGCCGAAGUUUUUAAAGAUGGAAACAUCUAAGCCAAUUGUCCGGCGCAUUCAGAGUAGGAUCCAUAUAAGUGGCGUUAAGCGCUUCGAUGAAUUGGUCGAGAAUACAUUGCAGAAGGAUCCAGAUUUUAAAAGGAAAGUGGCUGUAAUUCAUGAUUUGCGUGAGAUGACCAGCAAAGUUCUUCACUACUAUAAAGGAGAUUUUCUUGAUGAGCUUCCUGGCCUUGUAGAUUUCACUGUGGUGCUCAAACUUACACCUAGACAGAAGCAUGAAGUUGAGAAAGUAAGGAAGAUAUUAAGAAAGUUCAAAAUGUCUGCUGUAGGCAGUGCAGUGUAUUUGCACCCUAAGUUGAUGCCACUUGCAGAUAAAUGUGUUGAAAAAUCGGUUCUUCAAAAACAAAAAUGCGUUGAAAGAUCCAUAUCGGAUAAUAUAAUGGAUGAAUUUAUAGCAAACCUAGAUGUUAGAGAUGGGGUCAAAUCAAAAUUCUUUCGCAAUAUGCUGAAUCUAUGUGAAUCAGCUGGGGAGAAACUUUUGGUGUUCAGUCAAUAUCUCUUGCCUUUGAAAUAUUUGGAAAGGUUAGCUGUGAAGUGGAAGGGAUGGGGUGUCGGAAGAGAAAUCUUUGUGAUUUCAGGAGAUUCAACUGCCGAAGAAAGGGAGUAUUCCAUGGACAAGUUUAACAAUACACCCGAGGCAAAAAUAUUUUUUGGGUCAAUCAAAGCCUGUGGUGAGGGUAUAUCGUUGGUUGGGGCAUCCCGUGUCAUCAUCUUGGAUGUUCAUUUAAACCCAUCUGUUACUCGUCAAGCUAUUGGCCGUGCUUUCCGGCCAGGCCAGAAAAGAAAAGUCUUUGUGUAUCGAUUGGUAGCUGGUGAUUCUCCAGAAGAGGAAGAUCACAAUACUUGUUUCAAGAAGGAAUUAAUUUCAAAAAUGUGGUUUGAAUGGAAUGAAUAUUGUGGUGACAGAGCUUUUGAAGUAGAGACUCUUGAAGAUGUGAAGGAAUGUGGUGAUCUGUUUCUGGAAAGUCCAUUUUUAGGGGAAGAUGUAAAAGCUCUGUAUAAAAGGUAGAAGACCGCAGGCAUUUAAUGUAUACUACUUGGUGGGUGAGAUAUUGUAUUGUAUUGUAUUUUGUUCUUAUCAGUGAAAAGAUGUUGUAUUGUAUUUUGUUUCAGACCCAUGUAGAGAGUUUGCGGAACUGAAUUUUAUUUAUAUAGUUAUAUGUGAUCCAUCUUCAUCAUCAGGUGGGUGAGAUGGAGAGAUCAAUAGCUUAUUUAAUUUUCUGAACUUGUUUGUAUUGCUGAAAUCCUAUGCUCUAACAUUAACUGAUCAGAGAUGUUUUUAGUCCUGUA